CCGACUUUCUUGAAGCAACAGGAAGCGACAACCCCCGAAAAGAGUGCAGACUGGGAGGAAAAAGAAAGCGUGGGUGGAGGUCGAACUCGUAUCGAUCGAUUGUCUUUUCUCGAUCGCGCUCUCUGGACAGGCUGCACAACGUUGUGGCCGCCGCUGAGCCCUUGUGUUGUCGAGGUGAACUUCGACGUGGCACCGCAUCGAAAAGCAUGUCCGACUCGUAACGCUCCAAAGGAAGCUGACCCGGUUCUGGAGAGAGACAAAGUGCGAAACCGGUCAUGGCCCACGGCACCAGCCUCCAGUAUGAGCGAGUGGCAGAGAUAGGCGGCGGCGCUUACGGGACAGUCUAUAAGGCCCGUGAUACGGAGAGUGGUCGGUUUGUGGCUCUCAAAAGCGUACGGGUCCAGACAGACCAUAAUGGCCUGCCCAUCUCCACGGUCAGAGAGGUUGCUCUGUUAAAGCGACUGGAGCAGUUUGACCACCCCAAUGUGGUGAGGCUUAUGGACGUGUGUGCCACCCAGAGGACAGACCAGGAGACUAAAGUGACUUUAGUCUUUGAACACGUGGAGCAAGAUCUUAAAACGUACUUGGAGAAAGCGCCAGCUCCAGGGUUGGCCCCUGAACGCAUCAAAGACUUGAUGAAACAACUGCUGUGCGGUCUGGCAUUCUUGCACUCAAACCGUGUGAUGCACAGAGACCUGAAACCAGAGAAUAUUUUGGUAACCAGCCAGGGUCAGGUGAAGCUGGCUGAUUUCGGACUAGCGCGCAUGUACAGUUGCCAUAUGGCCCUCACUCCCGUGGUGGUGACACUGUGGUAUCGGCCUCCUGAGGUUUUGCUGCAGUCGAGCUACGCCACACCUGUCGACAUCUGGAGCUCCGGCUGCAUCUUUGCGGAAAUGUUCAAACGCAAACCCUUGUUCUGUGGAGAAUCCGAAGUGGACCAACUCGGGAAAAUCUUUGAAGUGAUUGGCCUGCCACCAGAGGAGGAGUGGCCAACUGGUGUUACAAUUUCAAGAAAACACUUCCCCCCUUUCUCGGCUCGCCCAAUAACUGACUUUGUUCCAGAGAUAAAUGAGCAGGGAGCACAACUGCUGCUGGAAAUGUUAACCUUUGACCCCUGUGAUCGAAUAUCCGCCUUGAAUGCACUAGAUCAUCCAUAUUUUCGCAAUGAGGAGAUAUUGACUGAGACAUAAAGCUGAGCUGCUGCUGCAAAAAAAAAAAAACAGCAACAAGAGAGGUAACAGCCCAGCUUUGCCCACAAGAUUUCACACUCAAGGAGUCCCUCCUGUGCCCUGAGAUCUUUUUUUUUUUUUUUUUAUUACUCCAGUGUU